CGGGGGCCGAGCGCUCCAUCGCAGGACUGCAGUCUGGACGCCGCUGCAUUGGGCGCUCGUGGGAUGGGGCGCCUGGCCGGAGCGAGGGCAGCAGCAGCAGCGGGAGGAGGAGGAGGAGGAAGAGGGAAGGGAAGGAGGCGAAGGCUGCCCAUCGAAGCGGUGCAUACAUCUUCUGGAUACAAGAAGAACGUACUCCCAAGAAAUCCGCAUGUUUGAGGCUGCCCCUCUGCAAUGGAAUCUUGGCCCACAUUGGCCUGGGUCCUGCUCCUUAGUUUGGUAUCAGACUGCCUGAAGGGAAUCCAAGCCCGAGACUUCACAGUGAAAGACAUUGUCUACCUUCAUCCUUCAACUACUCCAUAUCCAGGUGGUUUCAAAUGUUUCACUUGUGAACAAGCAGUUGACAACUAUGAAUGCAAUCAGUGGGCUCCAGAUAUCUAUUGUCCAAGAGUGACACGAUACUGCUAUACCCAGCAUACACUGGAAGCCAAUGGAAAAAGUGUAUCUGUAACCAAGCGAUGUGUGCCAUUGGAGGAUUGUUUGGCUACAGGAUGCAUAGAUCUCCAGCAUAAAGGGCUCAGGGUCUGCACUUCUUGUUGUGAAGGAAACAUCUGCAACUUGCCGUUGCCCAGAAACGCAAGUGAUGCCAUCUUUGCGACGACAACGCCACUCAAUCACACACAGAGACAUUUGCAAAGUGCAUCCAUAAUGAUGCUGUUUCUCUUGUUACUCUUUGCUACGUAGGUCUCAAGGUUAAAGUGCUAGUUACACACCAAGGAUUGAGGAUGAAAAUAUUUAUGCAUACAGAAAUGAUCUUAAUUUAAUAUAUAUUUCAUACCUUACAUUUUUAAUGGCAUUUCUACAUUUUUUUUCUUUUUAGCACUGGUUAGUUCAAAAGCCAUGGUUUUUGAACUGUCUCUUUUUUAAAAAGGAAUGACACUGGAGGGUGGAAGAGAUGUGAGCUGUAAGUUUAAGGAAGGAACCCUUUUGUAGUCCUUGAAAAAAAUCAGUUGACAUAUUUAUCCCUGCCCCCUUCUCCCCAAUCUCCAACAGACAGCCUUCUUGUAAACGAAAAAUAUUUGGAAUUGUACACUUACAGUAAUACUUGAUGAAAACCAGAAACUCCUCUCAAAAGUUAUUCUGCCAUAAUGGAUUCCUGGACAAAUAUUCAUUGGUUAAUUGUAUUGCAGUUGCAACUAACUGGGUUAUAGUUAAAAGAGUAGGGCCAUUUGAACCAAUACUUCUACUUUCCAAAGACUGAAUCUGGAUCCAACCUAUGAGCUUCAAUCAAUGGUAUACCCUUGAAAAUGAAUUUGCAUAUAACUUUGAAGAAAGAGGCGGUCUUUGACAGUUAAGCAGAGUUGGUAUCAUCUUAGAACAGUGGUUCUCAACCUGGAGUCCUCAAAUGGUUUAGCUUUCAACUCCCAGAAAUCCUAACAGUUGGUAAACUGGCUGGGAUUUCUGGGAGUUGUAGGCCAAAAACAUCUGGGGACCCCAGGUUGAGAACCACUGUCUUAGAACAUAUAUUUCCCACAUUUAUAACUGAAGAUGCAAUAGUUUCUUCAACUUAUUGGUUUUUUAUGUUAAAUAUUUGCAUUUUUUUAAUUUAAGCUAAAUUUUUACUUAGGGUGAUUUUGCCAGUUGAUCUCAUCAAUUCAGUAGACUUCAGCUAUGGUCUUAUGUGCACUUACUUCAGAGUAAGAUCCCUUGAACCCAAUGGUUCUAACUUUUGGGUAGAAAUGUGUAACAUUGCACAGUGAAACCACCCCUGGGAGUACUCACUUCCUGGGAGUGAUUUUCAUUGUAUGUGGUGGAAUUAGCUUCAGAACAAAUCUGGGUAGAAAGAGAGCUGCACAUAUGCAGUCCUACUUUUGCUGUGCUUAUGAAAGCUUCCCAAUUUACUUUAAUGUUUGAAUCAGUUUGGAUGUGCACUUCCGCAUUCUUUCUGGUGCUGUGCUUGCCUGAAAAUGAAUGGAUAAACUUCUGGUGUGUAAGCUAUGAUGUGGCAAUAGGAUUAUCAGACUACGGUGACUCUUAAGAACAGCUAUUCUCCAAGGGGUACAAUGAAGACUCUGGAAUAAUUAGAAUUUCUGCUAGUACAGGCUGAGCAUCCCUAAUCCAAAAUUCUGAAAUAGAGUUAAGUUUUCCUUAACCACAGAAACCAUAUCCAUGGUUUCACAUCCAUGGGUGGCUGAGAAAGUAACCCAGUUGCUUUCUGAUGGUUCAGUGAACACAAAAUAUGUUUCAUACACAAUAUGAUUAAAAAUACUAUGUGUAAAAUCAGAUUCAGGCUAUAUGUAUAAGGUGUUUAUGGAUAAUUCAUUACGUUUGCUUCUGCAAAUAAUAGUAUUCCAAAAUCUGAAAAGAUCAUCCAAAACAUUGCUGGUUCCAAGCAUUUUGGGGAAGGGAUAUGCAACCUGUAUGGCAGUAGUUCUCAACCUGUGGGUCCCCAGGUGUUUUGGCCUACAACUCCCAGAAAUCCCAGCUAGUUUACCAGCUGUUAGGAUCUCUGGAAGUUGAAGGCCAAAACAUCUUGAGGACCCAUAGGUUGAGAACCACUGCUGUAUGGAAACUUUUCUUAUUUUCAAAAUGGAAUUGACUGAAUAUUAAUGUGUUUUAGUGUUUUAUUAACCCAGGUAAUACUUUGGGCAUACAGUAUGGUUUAUUUUGCUUACUAAAUCACAAUAUUUAUUUUUGUAUGAUGCAAUCAGAAUUGAUGACGUGUUGUACAGUGUCCCAUUCUGAAGCAACAAUUGACAAUGCUUCUGUUAAGUAUGACCUGUAAUAUAUAUUUUGUGAUAAAUGAUCUUCAGCUUCUUCAGAAUUCAAGUUAUGGAAAAAUAAAAGGUGGAUAAAGUUGAAGUAAAGUCAAAUAAGCAUCGCUGGUUUUGGGGGUGCAAAGCCAAAUUUUAUAUACAAUAUACAGCCAUAUAAUAUUAUAGUGCUUUUUAUGAGUUCCUUUUUUUUUUGGCUAGCAUUGAUCAAUAGGGCUGGCACUUUAUCAAGUGGCAACAGAAAUUGAUGCUGUAAAAUUGGGGACAGAACAAAACGAGGGGCUUGCACCCAAACUUAGUCAUGAAAUCCCAUUAAAAGCAGCAACAUACAUUUUAGUUGUGACCAUUGUUUGUUCUUCAGUUUUGCCAUGAUUAACAUAAUCAGAAUAAGGAGCCAUUGAUGCUUAGUGAGGAAGUAGAGUAUUGGGUUCAAUCUGCCUCUGUCCAAUUGUUACUGAUUUCUCCUUCCUGUAUACGUCGAUUCCCAGAAAGUCCCUUGAGCUCCGGUUGUAGUUUUUAGGGGAGUGCUUAGUUUUCAGUGGGGAAGGCCCCUUUCUUCACUUUGCCCUUUCACUUUUUGGGAUCUUGGAACCCAGGCCAGUGUUGCAAGCAAUGCUGUUACACAAAACAGCUGUAGAGCUCUUUUGUAUUUUUUUAAACAAAACUAAACAACAAAACAAAUAGACAAAAAUGUUCUAAUGACCAGAAUUUUGCAAAGUACAUAGUUCUAUGUUCAUUUUAAUUCAUUCAAUCCCAUUUCAUACACAACAAGUCUGAUAGUAUUGUGCUUACAAAAUAGUUUCAGUUUAAUCUCAAUGUUUAGAGGAGACAAAAUUAUGUGACUCUCUGAUGUUAUUGGACCUCAACUCUCAGCUACUCUGGCAAUGAUGAGGAGUGCUGGGAGUCACCGUUCAUCAACAUCAGGUAUCUUCAUAAUCCCCACUGCUGGUUUAAAAUGGUAUAUAUGCCAGCAAAUGCAACAUUACGUUCAGUGUGGCAUAACACUGUAAUGCUAGUGUCAAGCGGCAAGGUACAACAUCACCCAGAGCUUGGGAAAGUUACAUUUUUGAAUGACAGAAACUCCCAGCCAGCAUGACCAUUCACGUCAAGUAAAAUAUUAUCUCUCUCCUCUCUUCCACCAACUGCACUACUGAGCCAAUUCCAUAAUAUAUGACUCAGCUUACCAAAGUAAUUAUUGGUGCCAAAAAUGAGACAGGUGUAUCAAUAAUUUGGAUAGGAUCAGAAUUCUGUCAAUAAUCCUACCCCCUCUCCACAUAAAAAUGGGGACAAGUCUUUGAGUGUCUUAAGAGUUCUCAACACAGUAUGUUCACAUACCCAUGAUUCACCACAUUGUUAAGGCAGCUAGAAAUGGCAUUUGGGCAUUCAAAGGAUGGGCUUGAAUUAAAUGGAAAGCUUCCACACCAGCAAGAUCCUUUCCGUCAGGAGAAGAAGCAUUGGGAGGUGCAUUACUCUAUGUGCUCUGAGCACAUACACAUGCAAGGUGACAGUGGCCACCUUAAACUGUCCUGCUCACCUUACACCAGUGAUCCUCAAUCUGAGGUCCCCAGAUGUAUUUGGCCUACAACUCCCAGAAAUCCUAGCCAGUUUACCAACUGUUAGGAUCUCUGGGAGUUGAAGGCCAAAAACAUCUGGGGACCCCAGGUUGAGAACCACUGUCUUACACUCAGAAGGAAGAACAGCAUAAAGGGGAAUCAUUAGUUGGCGCUGAUAAACAAGGUCCAUUUUCCCCACCCUGAUAGUUUACAGGGAGGGGUGGAAGGAACAAAUAGGACAGAUUAGGCCCACAAACCAGAGGUGUGCCCACCCCGUACAAAGAACAUGUGUCAUCAUAGGUAUGCUGUUUCAAGUUGUCUCGUUGUGGCAGUAAUUAUCAAUGUGUAGAUCAUCACUAAGGAUAAAAAAUGUUUGUGGUGUCUGUUCCUAUGUCUUGUAUCCCUUGUGAACUCUGAAAAGGUGGUGGGUGUGUUUGUUUGCAUGACCUAGCCAUAUGUAUAACAUACUUGGGAGGCCUUGGGUAUCAAUGUGGUUUAACGCUUCUAUUUGUGCAAACCAGAGUGACUGAAUUGUCCUGUCUGUAAAAUCUGUGGUUUUUGAACCUGACACAGUAUCGUCCAAGAAAGUUGUAUAUUGCUCUGUGAGUGACAGUGGAGUUGGAACACGUUUCUGAAACUUUGAACAUUUGCAGUCCCAGCAUGAUGGUGUGCUAAAUAUUUCAGCAUCUGCAUUUCACUGUGAAUGUAGAUCUUUUAGGCUGUGUGAAAUAAUUCCUCUUACCUUCCCAUGUCAUUUUCAAAAAGGAAUCAGGAAGAGCAUGAUAAUCUGAAGGCAAAUGUCUGCAAAAUCACAGAUGGUUGUCCUUCUAUUGUUGUUUGUUUGUUUUUACCUAUCCUCUGGUCAAUGUGUUCCCCUGUAAAUAGUGCUUCCAAUUGUUAAUGUAAAUUUUGUACAUUCUAUAAAUAAAUGAUGUUUUAAAAAUA